AUGGGCAAGCUGGUCGCAGCUCCACCAAAUGCGCCCCAGAGUUUGCUUGGGGGCCGCUAUCGCUUGGGGCGGAAAUUGGGCAGUGGCUCGUUCGGGGACGCCUUCUUGGUUGCCAAUGCGCGCACCGGCGAGGAGUUUGCUGUCAAGCUUGAGAGUGUGAAAGCCAAACACCCCAUGUUGAUGUACGAAGCUCGAGUGCUCGGGUAUCUACAAGGGAUGUCCGGGAUACCCAAUGUACACUAUUGCGGCGUGGACGGUGAUUACACUGUCAUGGUGAUGGACCUUUUUGGGCCGUCUCUAGAUGACAUGUUCAAACAAUGCGAUCGCAAGUUCAGCCUCACGACUGUGCUCAUGAUUGCUGUUCAGAUGCUCUACAGAAUCGAACAUCUCCACGCAAGAGGAUUCAUCCAUAGAGACGUCAAGCCCAGUAACUUCCUCGUCGGCACAGCAUCAAGCCCAGCCCAACGUCGAGCCCAGCCCAGCCCAGCUUCUUCCAUAGAGGCGUCCUGCAGCGAUGUGUACAUGAUCGACUUCGGCCUCGCGAAGUCGUAUCGUGAUCCGGAGACGCAGCGGCAUAUACCCUACAGCGAGGGCAAUGGCUUUUCGGGUACAUCCCGCUACUGUUCCAUCAACGCACAUAUUGGUAUUGAGCAGAGCCGCCGUGACGACCUCCAGGCCAUAGGCUACACACUCAUGCACCUCAUACGUGGGCAGCUUCCAUGGCAGGGUAUCCAAGCUGGCACGAGCGAGGAGAUGGGCAGGAUGAUCCUGGAUUGCAAGAGGUCCACGUCCAUCGAGACGCUCUGCCACGGCUAUCCGGAGACAUUCGCAGUGUACCUCCGAUACUGCCAGGCUCUCCGAUUCCACGACAGGCCGGACUACGCGUACCUGCGGCGGCUCUUCCGGGACCUCCUCGUGCGCGAGGGAGGACGGCAUGCCACGCUGGAGGCACCUCUACGAGAAGAUCACCCGGCGCGUCCCUCUGGCCAGCGCGCGUGCAGGUGCGGCCGGCGGCGCUGA